AUGCUGGUGGCGGACGAAGGUGCUGGUGCCCUGGAGGCAGAGGCAGGUGCAGCGGUCAGAGCAAGGGGUGCAGACGCUCAGGUCAGGCCGGGAGACCUUGGUGGGCCACGUGGGCCAGGGGAGCCUGGUGCACCAGGCGGAGCAGGUGCCCGGCCACCUGGGGAUCCUGACGACCCUGAUGACCAUGGUGGCACUGGCGAUCGUGUAGGCCCUGGCGUCGCAGGAGAGGCAGGUGCUGCAGUCAGUGGCGUUCCUCAGAUGGAGCGGGCACCAGGGCCCGGCAGAGAUGUUGUGCCCGCGGCUGGAGGCCCGGACCCCACCAGCACCCUCAGCGUGCCCUUCCCAUCGCCUGAGAACGCAGAGCUCGCCAGCCUGUUCCUGACCUCACAUGCUCAACGCCGAGGGCCAGUGCAGAAGGAGAUCAGUGUGAACCGCAACGUCCUCACUGUGUGA